CAUCCGUAAAAUCGGUUUUGCCGAGAUUUUAUCGUUUAAACCCUCCGCCGAAGCCCGAAUGCCGCGAGGGGAAGCGUGAAAGCUGGGAGCGCCAUGGCCAGGCCAGGAAACGUGGAACCCAAGUGCUACUCCCUCUCCCGCUACCAUCUCUCUCGGCUCUCCCAACCAAUCCGAGAAACCCUAUCAAGAACUCCAUACACCCUGCCUGAGGGUGCCACCGUCUCCAUCAAAUCCUUCCUCGAAUCCCUUCUUCCCCAAGAAACCCCGCCUGAGGGUCGCAUCGCUGGAGAGGAGGACUCGAAGGAGAGUUUUCGCAAGGAAAUCAGGGAUUUCUGCCUAUGCUGUGCCGCCCUAGCUUCCGCUGAGGGGGAGGAUUCCCCCACUGUGUAUUGGAUCACGAAAGACCUGAUAUUUGCGGCGAAAUCGGCGUUUCACGAGCUGUCGAAAGCUGUUUCCUUGGAAUCUGAGCUUGAGUUGUUCGUGGAGCUGAUGCCGGAGGUGUUGCCCGGGGUGAAGGGCGUUAUAAAGGAGAGCUCUAUCGAUACGGAACAGGAGGAGAUCGUGCCGGCCUCGGCGCAGGUGCCGGUGGCUCAUGCCAUUGUUGCGGCGCAUCAGUUUAGGUGGCUCGUGUCCCAGGUUAAUUACCCUAAUCUGGGGAAGUUAUGCUCGUUGGUUAUUCCAUGUGCUUUGACGACUCUGGAUCACUGGUCGCCUGAAGUUAAGGAGCAGGGAAUGGUUAGCUUUAUACAUGUAGGAAACAAUAUGAAUGCAGCUGAAUUAAGUUGGUAUGAAGAGGCAAUUCUUGAUGCAUGUUGCCGAAAUAUCCCGGCAAAUGAUGAGUUAUGGCAUCGAGUAGUUGAGGUGUCUGUGCUUUUGUUGACUUGCACUCAGCGGAUGAAUCCUCGUAGCUCUUGGUUUGAGCGAAUGCUAAGUGAGAUGCUAGCUCACUUGGAGCGCCAGCCAUUUAAUAAAGAACGUCGUACUGCAUGGCUCGCUUUUAUUGAACCGGUUUUUGAUGCCAUGGGCCUUUUUAUAUUGGCACACUUCCGGCGUAUUUUUGCGCUCUUCUUCCAAUGGAUGCAUGCUGAUGAUGACAAAACUGUUAUUCUGGUUCUUGAACGGCUGCAUACAAUUAUUCAAUUAACAUGGAUCAGGAAGUCACCAUAUAUUGAAAGAUUGGUAGAUGAGCUUGUUCUUUUGUACAAAGAAUCUGCAGUAAGAAAGAGCCGUGAAGUUAUCCGCCUUCACAUUUUACAGUUAUUGAUGUUGAUUCAGAAAUGCCAAGAGUUGCAGUUUGAAACGGCUUGGAGCAAGCACAAGAAUGAUCCUGACAUAGAUGCAUUGACAUCUUCCUUUAUUAAUCAAUCUAGUAAGAUAGUGCAGUCAUAAGGAAUAAUUUAGCUGAAGUUGCAUAGCUAAUGCUAACGCUAUACUUAAAAGUUUAUAUCCAUUAGGAAGGGCCUUGGUAUUGUUGAAGCUGGUGUCUCAAGCAUUUGUACAUGACUCUGAUGACGACCUUUGGGUGGUAGCUGCUUGGUGAUUUAACCACCAGUGUAAUAAAUCAUGCUACGGUCAAGGCAGUCUUAAAUUGUGAACUUUGUAUCAUAUAUCGUCUAUAAUGAAUGUAUCACCGCAGGGAAACUUGAACCAUGUU